AUGACGUCUGAAUUGAAACCGAUUAUUUGCCCCUCGGUCCUGGCAAGCGACCUCUCCUGCCUCGCCGCAGAGUCUCAGCGGAUGGUCGACGCAGGAUGUGACUGGCUCCAUCUGGACAUUAUGGACGGGCAUUUUGUGCCGAAUCUGACGAUUGGCCCGGGCGUGGUGAAGGGACUUCGUUCUCACUUGAAAUCGGCAUUUUUCGACGUCCACUUGAUGGUGGCCGAUCCAGAGAAGUGGGUGAAGCCCUUCGUAGACGCAGGGGCGGACUCGAUCACGUUCCAUUGGGAGUCGGUCGACUGCGACGAGAAGAAGGCGCGGGAGCUCGCGACGAAGAUCCGCGCGCUCGGCAUCAAGACCGGCCUCGCCAUCAAGCCUGGCACGCCGUUCGCAGAUCUCGGAACGACGCUCGAGGGCGACGCAUUCGACAUGCUCUUGGUGAUGACGGUGGAGCCCGGCUUCGGCGGCCAAAGUUUCAUGGAAAAAAUGCUCAGCAAGGUCGAGACCGCUCGCAGCCUCUUCCCGGGUCUCAACAUCCAGGUUGAUGGGGGCCUCGACGGCGAGACCGUGAAGAAGGCAGCCGCUGCGGGAGCGAAUGUCAUCGUGGCCGGUACCAGCAUGUUCAAGGCGGAGAACCCCGAAGCGCUCAUGACGUUUAUGCGCGACGUAGGUCUUUCCUUUUGCCGCUUUCCUUCUAGAGGAAAAGUCCACAGUUCCUUUUCUCUCGGAGGUAUUGACGUGGUGCGCCUGGCUAUUCCUGUCCAGUAUCGCGGCUUGCAUUGA